CGGAACCCUCCUCGCUCCAUCUCAUUCUCCUCUCCCCCGACGUACGCUCCACACCACACCACACACAAACACGUUGCAAGUCGAUCGUAGCACCAGCAGCUGCAGCAAUGGAGGAAAGGAUCCACCGGCGCCAGGAACCGCGAACCACCGCCGACCCCGCGCUCUCCUCGGGGGACGACGAGUCGACUGACGGGGAGUUCGAGUUCCCCUGCUUCCUCGGCCACAACCACGGAUCACCCGCGCUGGCCGACGACCUCUUCGCCGACGGCCGCAUCAGGCCCGCCACUUUCUACCCGGUCUUCGGCCGCCGCUCGUCGGUAACCCACGGCCUCGCCCCGGCGCCGGCGCCGGCGACAGAGCGGAGGACGAGAGGGCAGCUGGGCCGGCUCUUCCUCGAGGAGUCCCGCGCGUGGAACAGCUCCUCGUCCUCCAGCACCGGCUCGUCCGCGUCCACGUCGUCCUCCGCGGCGACCGACGACCUGGAAGGCGCGGCGCCGGAGAGCUACUGCGUGUGGGCGCCCGGCGCGUCCUCGCCGCGGCCCAGGAAGAGCGGCUCCACGGGGUCGUCCGUGGCGCGCUGGCGCCGCAUCAGCGACCUCGUCGUCGGCCGCAGCCACAGCGACGGCAAGGAGAAGUUCCUCUUCCUCCCGGCCAACCCGCCCCCGGCGCCGAUCAAGAACCCUGCGACGAAGCCGAGCGCCAGCAAGAAGAAGACCGAGAUCGGCACGGUGGGCGCCGCGCAACGGAUGGCGACCCAGUACGGCACCGCCAAGGCGGCUGGCGCGGCCACCCCGCGGCGCACCUUCCUGCCGUACCGCGAGGAGCUCGUCGGCUUCUUCGCCAGCGUCCACGGCAUCAGCCGGAGCCACCCACACCCCUACUGA